GCUACGAAUCCAUGUCAUCAUUGAUUUUUACAGUCAUUUACUCGAGCACCCGUCGUACAACGACGUUGAUAUCAGCGCAACCUAAUUCGACCGAGAAACCACAGAGCUCAACAUGGCUGACGAUCGGUCUAUGCCGUCGUCAUUCGACGACGACAAAGAGUACAAUGAAACUGGCUGGCAGAAAGUGUCCCGGAAGCUGCGGGAAGAACCUCUGGUACCCCUAGGAACGGUCCUGACGUGUGCCGCCCUUUACAACGCCUGGAUAGGAAUGCGACGUGGUGACCAUGCUCAAGUCCAACGAAUGUUCCGGGCGCGUAUCGGUGCCCAAGCAUUCACAAUUUGCGCCAUAGUCGCCGGAGGAGCCUACUACGGAGCCGAUCGUGAGAAGCGCAAGGAGUUGAUCAAGUUAGAGGCACAGCAGCGGGCAGAGGAACGCCACCAGAAGUGGUUACGCGAACUCGAGAUACGAGACGACGAGGACAAACAAUUGAAGGAGCACUUGAAACGGAGAAAGGAGCGUGUACUGCAGAAGAGGGCCGAGGACAAGGAGAAAGAGGGUGUUAUAGACGGUUUGAAAGCCGAGACGACGCCAGACGCUGAGGGACAGGUGCCAGUGCAGGAAAUCAAAGAGGGCUCGACUGUGCUGGGCGCUUUAUCACAGGCUGGUGGGUGGUUUGGCACAGGCAAGAAAGAAGAUCCCAAACAUGCCGAGAAGGAACAAGAAAAGCCGAAGAAAUGAUCUGGACCGGCAUGGAGUCUCGGGUCUUGGCGCAAAUGUAUUAUAUUGUUCGUAGUUGAGCUGGUAGGGUCAAGUCGUAAACUUUGCAUCCAUGCUUAGUCUACAGCCAGGGUUACACAUGAAUCUGUUUGGACUCCGGAAAUUGGCGGCUGUGGCUAUCACAGGCGAGAUAUAUGCGAAGCAUACCACUUCACUCGAGGAUUUACGUCACUGUGCUGUUAUACUUGUAGUAAUGCAAGGAUGAAUUGACCGAUUCUUCACCUGGG